UGCGGGCGCGGCUCCAUGCGGUCGGAGCGGGGGCCGGGAUUGCUGUCAGGGCUGGGGUCGCUGCGGGGCGGCGGCCGUGACCAGCGGCCCAUGGACACCCCCCCGCGCCGGGAGUCGCCGCGCCGCGACACAGACGCUCCGCCGAACCCCCCGCCGCCCUCCCCGCCCUCCCCGCUGCCGCCGCCGCUGCUUCACCCGGCGCCGGGUAAACUGCGGGAGGAGAAGAAAACAGCGCUGAGCAAAGUGGUUAUUCGAAGGCUUCCUCCUUGUCUAACCAAGGAACAACUUGAGGAACAGCUACAUCCUCUACCUGCCCAUGAUUAUUUUGAGUUUUGCACUGCUGAUCCCAGCCUUUAUCCUCAUCUCUACUCAAGAGCAUACAUUAACUUUAGAAAUCCUGAGGACAUCCUUCUUUUUAGAGAUCGCUUUGAUGGCUAUGUCUUCAUUGACAAUAAAGGCUUGGAGUAUCCUGCAGUGGUUGAAUUUGCUCCAUUCCAGAAGAUUUCAAAAAAGAAGCUGAAGAAGAAAGAUGCCAAAGCCGGGAGCAUUGAAGAUGAUCCAGAAUAUAAGAAAUUUUUAGAGAGUUAUUGUGCUGAUGAAGAGAAAAUCUGUGCCAAUCCUGAGAUUCUUUUGGGAGAGAUUGAGGCCAAAACAAGGGAACUUAUUGCUAGAAGAACAACACCUCUUUUGGAAUAUAUUAAAAAUAGAAAAUUAGAAAAGCAGAGAAUACGAGAAGAGAAAAGAGAAGAACGAAGGCGGAGAGAAUUGGAGAAGAAACGUCUGCGGGAGGAAGAGAAGAGGAAGCGCAGAGAAGAAGAAAGACGUAAAAGGAAAGAAGUGGAGAAGCAAAAGAAAAUUUCUGAAAAAGAAAUAAGGAUCAAGCUUCUCAAGAAACCUGAAAAAGGAGAUGAACUGGCCAGUGAAAAGCACAAAGAAAAAGGUGAAGAAGCUGACAUUGAGGAAAACAAAUGGGAUAAAUCACCUGGAUCUGGGAGUAUAAAAUCCAAGACUUUGGAGAGUUCACUAAAAGAACUUAAGGAAAAGUCACAAAAUGAUAGUGACAAAGAGCAAAGAGAUUUGGAGAGAAGAUUUCGAGAAAAAGAACCUGAAAGACAAAGGAUCGCCCAGCCAUGCAGUUAUACCAGCCAGGAGCUCGCAUCCGAACACAUAUGGGACCUACAAGUAAAACCUAUGACUGCAGUGGGAAAUCUUUUGAAGAUGCUCUUGAUAAAAAGUAUGAGGCAGAUAAUUCAGCUGGAGCUGAGAAGACUGAAGAAGGAGAAUAAAACAAGCUGGAGGAAAGUCUUGUGGAAAGGGAUGAAUUUAAGAUUCAGUGUCAUGACAAAAAAAUCCAUUGGGCUGUUUCAGAACUUCACAGGCAAUUGCACCAACAAAAUUAUAAUAGCUCUGCCUCUUACUUUCUGUAAAAUAAAGGGAAGAGUGACUGGAAAUAUAUAAAAUAUCUUACAGCAAAGGAAUAUUGUUGCAUUUUUACAAAAAGCAGCACAAACGCUAUUUGCCUAAUUUAAAAGCAGUUCAAAUAUUUUAUUAUAUUUACCUUGAAAUAUAAAACCUCUAACAGUUUUAAAGGAGUAUUUAUAUAAGACUUUACAUAAGCUAUUUCACCUUUUCAGCUCUAAAGAAAUGAAAUGUAAAUUUGCAUCAGUUUGAAAUCUGAGGCACUUUAAAUGUUUUUGGUGCAUGACAUGAGGGUCACAGGACCCCUUCCUGCAAAGAGCAGCAGCAGGGGCUGCUGCAGGGAGUUGUGGUUGGACUCAGUGUGACUGGCCCUGGGAGGAAGCUCUGGAGUCUGGAGCCAGUGGUGUUUGCAGGAUAAGGCCCACAGUUUGCAGAGCUGUGAGGAAUGACCAUUGGUAUCUGUACCUCAUUGUGUUUACAUUGUUUUUGAAUUAACUCUAGCGUCAGAUAAGUGUUAGUAAAGUUUGUCAUUUUCUGAGCCACUUUUGCCUUUUAGUUUUUAAUCGAUUUCUUGUGCUUAAAAUAGAAGAAAGCUAACGCAAACCUCAGCACUGGUUUUAAUGAAUUAGCUGUUUUUUAUGGUUUUGACACUGGCUUUUGAAAAAAAAAAGUGGUUGUACAGUGAUGAUAUUUUAUAUGCUAAUGUUUCAUAUAAGUUGCAGUUACGGGAUUUGAAAAAUGAACAUUCUGCAGUUCUAUUUGUUAAAAAAUUAAACACACAUGGAUGUCAACUGCGCCCUACCAUUUUGUAAGAUCUAGGACAAAUUCUGCCCUCUGAUGCAGGCACGUGUACAUAUAUAUAUAUGUAUAUGUGUGUGUGUAUGUAUAUCUUCUAUUGGUUUCAAUGAUAGCCAUUUGUUUAUGGAAAGGCAGAAUACAUUCCAUUUGCCUUUCAUGGCUGAAAAUUUCUCAGUUGUCUAAAACUGAGACCUGCUUUAUCCCUGAAGUUAAAUAGUAAGAUACUAAUUUAUUUUUUCAUCUUCUUUGAACAUUUUACUAGUAAGCGUAACAUCUAGUUGUUCUAGACUGAAAAAUUAUUUAUUGUAUUUUCCCAGAUACUAAACAUUAAAUAGAAUAAAAGAAAAAAGAUUUUGACUAUGAUUUUGAGAUGCAAUAUUCAGCUAUUUUUUCAUCUGCUAGUCCAGAAAAAUUAAGUAAGAUGUUAUUAUGCUGCUUUGUAUCCUUCAGAAGCAGAUAAAAAUAUGGUUAAGAAGAAUUUUAAUAUCAAGCUACAUAAGUGAGCUGCCAAAAUUACUUCAAGAUUAAGUAAAACUGCUGCUAGAGAAUCAUUUGGUUUUAGUUUCAUCUCAGUUAAGGAACUCUUGGGACAACUUAUCUUAUUCAGCAGAUACUGGCGUCUAUUCCUUUCACAUCCUGGGGGGACGGGGGCAGUAGAAAGUACUGGCCACGACAGCAGGAUCUGACCAUUUCUAUAGCCAGCUAACACUUGUAUGGCCAACUAACGCGUGCCACAAGCAGGUCAGGAGACAUGGGAACAGCAAGGCAGCCCGGGGACACCAGGCGUCCAGGGUGCACGGGAGCGCUGCCCGCAGGCUCUCUGCUAAAGUGUGACCCCGAGUGGAAAAGAAAUGCAUCCUGCCAACAGAGGAAACGCCGUCGCUGAGCUUCCCCUCUCUGUGCCGAUGGCCGUCUCGGGCAGUGCCAGCAGGACCUGUGGGAGCAGGGAUCGGCUUUGGGAUGGGAGCUGCCAGCAGUAUCUUCAGGGAAGACUGCCUGCUGGAAUCGAGCAUGUAUCUCAUGGUAAUUCUGCAAAAUACAAUGACUAAAGAAUCAGAACACAUUUCUAAGUCCGCGGUCCAAUCUCACCUGCUCAGGAAUGCAGCAGGGCCUGAGCCUGCUUCCCUUGCUGGGGCAGCUGAGCAGGAGGAGCUGCCACCUGCUCUGUGCUCCUUUCUGCUUCUCCCGAUGACAACAAAUAAAUGCAGGCUCACAGCCCGCCUUUGUUCGAACUCAGCGUGCUGUGAGAGCUUCAUUGCCACAAUAGUAACUUUGUUUUGCAAAUUCAGCUUAGCUGAAAGUAGAGACAGCAUCCCCACUGAAUGGGAAUUGUAUCUGAUUACAUCACAGCUGACUUUGGUGCCAUCUGUUUUUCUUGCCUUUAAAAUACAAUGUUCUACAUUUAAUAAUUAAAAAAUUUAAAAGAUUGUCUUCUACAUUUAAUAUUGCCCACUCGAUAGCUUCACUGAAUUUCUGUUGUCCUGUUUCUUGUUGAGUCCCAAAGUGUGACAUUUAGGAAUAUGGAAAUCACCCUGUCUGUCAAAUGGAGAUUGGGCUCCAUUCUGUUGGGGAAACUGAUUUGGAAUGUCAAUAUUCAGUAAAUAAACCUGCAUUUGUGCCUGA